AUGGGUGUUGUAUGCUGCCGUCCUCAGCCCAUUGACUUUGACGGAGAGGUCAACUUAUUCCAUUUCGUUCUCCUGAGAUGUGUCGGCAAAGGCGCCUUCGGCAAGGUCCGCGUCGUACAACACAAGCAGAGUCGUGAGCUGUAUGCUCUCAAGUACAUCAACAAGUCCAAAUGCGUCAAGAUGAAAGCAGUAGCAAAUGUCAUCCAGGAACGACGGCUGCUCGAGGAAAUCGACCAUCCCUUCGUGGUGAAUUUGCGCUACGCUUUCCAGGAUGAUGAAAAUUGCUUCUUUGUACUGGAUCUCAUGCUCGGUGGCGAUUUGAGAUUUCAUCUGGAAAGAAUGGGGUCGUUACCCGAGGAAGUUGUUCGGUUCUAUGUGGCCGAGCUGUCGUCUGCCCUUGCAUAUUUGCAUGAUCACCGUAUCAUACACCGAGACCUUAAGCCUGACAACAUUCUCCUGGACGAGCAGGGCCACGCACACUUAACGGACUUCAACAUCGCAGUUCAUUAUUCCGAACGUCGACCACUGACAGGGGUGGCAGGGUCCAUGGCGUACAUGGCACCGGAGAUACUUGCCAAGCGUGGCUACACAUACACCAUCGAUUGGUGGUCCUUGGGCAUCUGCGCGUACGAGCUCAUUUUUGGACGCCGGCCGUUCAGAGGGAAGACGAAUGGUGACCUGACACACAGCAUCUGCAAAGAUCAUGUGCGGUUCCCUGACGAUGCUGACACGAAGUGCAGUAAAGUUGGGAUGCAGGCGUUGCGAGCUUUUUUGGAUCGAGAUCCGUCGAGGCGGCUGGGUUGGAAACCUACUGAAGGCUCUGCGGAAAUCCAGAGACACCCAUGGUUCCAGGACAUUGACUGGGACACACUGGACGACAAGCAGCAGAUAUCGCCAUUCGUUCCUGACUCAAAGAAGGCGAACUUCGAUGCUUCGCAUGAGUUGGAGGAGCUCUUGCUCGAGGAUAAUCCGCUCAAGGCUAAGCACCGAAAAGCACAAGACAUCAACAACCUCAGCGUGGAGAUGCGGCAAAUGGAGGAACAAUUUAAUUCGUAUGAUUUCAAGAAGAUGCAGCGCCGUUCAUAUUACCCACAAAACUCGCAACUUGUCUCGACGGUGACAUCAUCCACAAGCCGUUCACGCCCAGUGACACCGAUGACGAUUGGGAAUGAAACCGCUACUGAUGGCUAUGUUCCCAACACAAAGCUGCGGGGUUCAGAUGAGGGCGCCAUCGUGGAGUCAUCCGCACCGAGCUCUCCAGUACAGAUGACCGAUUUCAGCGAGAAGCAACAUUGA